AUGGCCCCAAUCAAUCUGUCCCAUCGGAGGACCCACAACUUACUCCUUAUAUCUAAACUUUUGAGUCUCAGAGACACCGCAUCGCCACUGACGCUGCUCUUGGACUCAUUGGAGCAACCCGCCACACCCCUCAUUCAGGAGUAUAUUAGACGCGCUAAGCUCUCAAAAGUUCAUGUCACCAUCGUCGCUUUUGAGACUUUGAAGCGCCCGGAUGGGUGUGAUGCGUUCGUGUCUACUCGUCGCAAAACUCCAGCCGACAUUAUUAAGGAAGUGGCUGCAGCUUACCAGCCCGCCACAUCGGCCGGCCCAUCCAAGAGACGUCUCAUUAUCAUUGAUGCUAUCAACCCUCUCUUAAGCUCAAAAACUUUGGAUUCCAACUUCCAUCUGCCGUCGUUCUUGGGUGCUUUCAUUACCCCGACAACCCCAGGCGCGGCCAAAUCUGAAGCAUCGUUGGUGGUGAACUAUCAUCAAGAUAUUCCGGGAUGUCCUCCGCAAAAUCCCUACUUGCCAUCACCAUCAUCGGUUCUUACCUAUCUUGCCACCAGUAUCAUCACCCUUCAUUCCUUCUCCCACAUCUUGGCCCAGAAGGCUGCGCGGGAUCGCAGUCUGGCUGCUCCAGUAUUUGGGCUUGAAGAAGAACAAGACGGCGUUCUACUAGGCAGACUAGACAAACUUGUUGGCACUGGCGCUGCCGAAGGAAUCGUUUUGGAGCUGGAGCACCGUCGCAAGAGCGGACGAGGUGUAUUGGAAUGGUACCUUCUCCCUCCUGCAUCACGAUACCCUGCAACCCAGGUGAAAGAGAUCGUCACUCUUUUGGAUGACAACAUCCUGUAUAACCCUCCCAUGGAAUCACACUUUGAUGUCGAUGAGGAGCCCCAAUCGACCUUCGAGUUGGGUCUUACCGAUCGCCAGAGACGGGACAGAGAAGGUGUUGUCCUGCCCUAUUUCGACGCGCAGCAUGGAGAUGGACCUGGCGAAGGAGGCCGGAUUCUUUACGAUAUGGGCGAGGAGGAUGACUUCGACGAGGAGGAAGAUGAGAUCUAG